AUGUCCAGGCCGCAUUGCAGCGGCCAUCAGGAUGAGACUAGUGAGGACCGCAAGGUGAGUGACAACACCAUGUACUCUCUUCAUUCGGAUAAGACGAGUGCGACGGUGUUCCACGAUCCCUCCAAGCGUCUUUCCAUGCCCAUUGCCAUGGUGGACCCAUCUCUGUCUCAAGACCCAUUCGCGGAUCCUCGAAAUGAAGUGGACGACUCAGAAAGUGGCCGAAAUCAUGCCAGGAAUGCAACUCGGUCGACAAGACAAUCUAGCUCUGAGUCGAGUCAGACUGGGCCCUCGUCAACCUACGACGAUAGCGAAAGUUUUCAGCAGCUAGCCAACCCGUUCGCCGCAGCCAGCUCCAUCAAGUCGGGGAGUUCGUCGCGAGACAGUCUCUAUUUUUCGACCUCGGACGAUAGUUCAGUGAUCGCUGAGAUUGAGCGGCGCGCCGCCGUGCUGGAAUUCAACGAACUGGCUCAAAAGCUUCGUCUCCCGCAUCUGCCACUGAACAGCAAGGGAGACGGAGGAUCGGGCGACGGCUCGCAUUCCCAGUUUUCGGAGCAGACUCCUCCAACCGCUGCUAGUGAGACGGUGCCUCCCGGACGGCGCGAUCGAUUCUAUGGUCGACUUCGCACGAUGCGGUCGACGCUGCAUCUGGGCUUGUCGUCGGAGGGACCCCGCACCACGCGAACUUUGCGCCGGAUGAAAACGCUGGCGCAUGUGGGCGCUCGGAUGAACGAGAUGACGUCACUGACAGGAAUGUCACUGGAGGAGUUGGCGCGUCUCGGGGGCUAUAAUCUACUGACGCUGCCGGCCGAAUUUGCGCCUAUGAAACUCCGGCUACCGGUCUGUUUUGUAGCUACAAUUACCCUUCUGGGACGAUUUGCUGCUCCGGUGCGCGACGUGUUUGUCGAUCCCGGCCAUCCGAAAAUGGCAAUGCGGAUAUAUGACCAUUUCGCCCGGUCGGUGCUUGCUGCUCUUCGACAACCCAAUCGAAUCCAGAUGACGGUUGGACGUAGUGAUCUGCCCCUGGCAGUGAUUGAGCCUAGCGCUCGUAUAAUGGACGACACCAUGGUGCAAAGCAUGGCACGGGCAUUCCAGGCGCUCCUGGCGGGUCUUCCCGGGGGCAUUCUAGGUCUUCCGGCACUAUACCGGGUGCUAGUGAGUAUUAGCCAAGCACCCUUUGUGGGUGACGAGAUUGAACGGCGCCGCAGCUGUCUGGCAGGGAUUUCGCCGCAAGAUUACGUCAAGGUCAAGUCCAUUGGGCUGGCGCUGCUGGCCCUGACGAACACCAUGCAGCUGCACCUCAUCUGUGGGGUGAUUGGUCUCAGCUCACUACUCCUGCAUGAAACGCAGCGUCUACGGCAGGAGGAUGCUUCGCGCUCCGGGCCCGAGGAGAUAGACGGAGAGACAAGUGGGGUCCUGGGGCUGUUGACGCUGGAUCGGUUGGGUCGCGUGCUCGGACCGUUGCUAACGAGACGAGAAGAGUCUGGCGACACGUUCGCGACCAUCUCCCAGGAGAUUGAGAGCGAACGAGUGGUGAAGAUGCUCGUGGAGCACUGGCGCGGAAUCAGUCGUCAAUUGCGCAUCUGGGAGCAUCGCAACUUGCCGCGACGUCGACGACGAUCCAUGCGAACGGGACGUGCCAUGGUCUCCUCUAGAGAGGUUUGUUGUUGA